GGCGCCCAUCUCUACGAUGCAGCAUUCUAUACACGAGUCCUCGGUCAUUCUUGGCCCGCUUUGUCGCUCAAUCUAGCCAUUUCCGCCAUGAAUGUGUUGGACGUCGAGCUCAAGCCCGAAGCCGAAUGGGUCGCAGACUCUAAACGGCGAGCAUGUGCCGUCUGCGAUCGAAAGUUCAGCACGUUUGUGCGAAAGCAUCACUGCCGCGCAUGUGGCGAAGUCAUUUGCAAGAACUGUUCCAGCAAGCGACGCGUUCGAGUGUCCUCACCUCCCAACUCAUCCAACAUCCCACGGACGUCCAGGCAGCCCGCCGGCACGGCACCAGCGUCGUCGAACGACGCUUCGCUACCGUCGACUUCAAAGUCCAGCCGUAUCGCCCGUUUGUGCAUUGACUGCAUUUCUCCUGUGCUCGUGGACUCUGUCAAUUCAAUGCUACGACACCGACCACCGCCACCCUCCCAAAGCGCGAGUUUGGCACAAUCAUCUGAAUCCACGGAUGUCGACUACAACGAGUUCAAUCGCGUGAACGUGUUGCGAUCGUACUAUGUCCUGGACACCCCACCCAGCCAAGAGUUCGAUGCGAUAUGCAGCGCUGCUGCCAAAACUUUCGAUUGCGCCGUUGCCGCAAUCAGUUUUCUGGACGCGACUCGACAAUGGUACAAAGCCAGCAUGGGGAUUCAACCAUCUGAGGUGCCUCGCGACGUGGCGCUCUGUUCGCAUUUGCUCGAACGGCCGUUCUUUUCUCCACUCGUCGUGCUCGACACGCGCGCGGACUGCCGGUUUCGCAACAAUCCUUUGGUCACGGGUGCCGCGAAUGUUCGAUUCUAUGCCUCUGUGCCCAUUGUGAAUUCCGACGGGUUCGUACUUGGGUCCAUCUUCGUAUUGGAUUGCAAACCUCGAUUCGUCACUGUCGAGACCCGAUGCACCGACAUUUUGCUGCAUUUGGCCGAGAAAGUCAUGGAUCUGCUGGAAGAACACCGCGCGCGCGAGCUCUCGCGCCUGACAGUGAUCGAAGAAGCAUCGAACGAGCCUCACUCGAUAUCAGGCGGCAGUAGCCAACAAUCUUCUGUCCCUCGGCACUACAACGACGACGGAGUUCCUUUGCUCAACACCGGAACAACUGCCCGAACCGUGCAGGAAAGAGCAGACCAGGAUCUGCUACUUUAUCGAACCGGGGACUGCGGCGACGGGCUAGCAACGCCACCGGAUUCGGCCCCGACAAUGGAGCCAUGGAGCAUGACCAGCAGCAGCCGGCGCGCCGCUGUGAAAGCCAAAGGCAUCGAAAUUGACACGACGAGUUGCAGGGACAAACUUCUGCACUUCGGUAGUGCUGGUGGAACUGGAAGCGGUGCAGGACUCAAAUCAGAAGCUGAGUCGGCGUGCUUGGACCUCCUUUGCCGAGUUACCGACACACAGCAAAUGCUCGCCCAGCAACAAACCUUCAUCUUCGAACGACUCAGCCUGCAUACUUCACGCAUGGACCGCCUUGAAUCAUCUAUACGCAAGCUCGAGGCUGCAUUUCAUGACCUCGCUCUGCAAUUCCCUCCCCCCAGUCAAUCCAGCCAGCCGUCAUCCAGCAAGUCCGAGUUCAUCACCAUUUGAAAAUUUCGUGUCUUCGGUAGUGGUGUCUGUCGACAUAGUGAAAUAAUUAGCAAAAAUAUCCCGUAUCUGUG